AUGUUGCCGUUGUUUGAAUCAAUUUCAUCGAGAUUUUUAGCAGUGAAAUAUUUGCAAAAAGGAAUUUUCCUAUUAAGUUAUCGUGGUGCACUUCGACCUGCUUCCGAUAAGCCUUAUCGCGGUAUUUAUUAUAAAGAUGGAGAUAUUGUAAAGAAGGACGAUUUGCUUGUAUGCCAAGUUAGGUUGAACUAUUUCCCGGGUCUAAAUGUAUAUUUUAAAAGAGAUCGAGGUUUAUUGUUGCUUAAAUCAGAAGUGGAUGGAAGAGUCAUAAUCAGUCGAGAAUUAGUAAAACCCGACCGAACAAUACCUGAGGUUCUCAAGGAAUUCGAAAUUAUUGAUCCAGAAGAUCCUAUAUAUAAGCUAACCUUCAAUUCGAAGCAAUAUGACUUGACUCAUUUAUUUUUAGAUAUUCAAAGAAUACUGGAAUUAAUCGAGCAUGUUCAAAAAACAGGUGAAAUAAUCAAUCCGAAGUUGGCUGUAAUUCAAAAAAUUCUACAAUCGGAUUUCUUUAAUUCUGUGCGCGAAGUCUUUGAACACGUUUAUGAUACAAUAAGUGUCGAUGGUUCACGUGAAGCAAGAACUAGUGCAACUGCAAAGGCAACAGUUGCAGCGUUCGCCGCAGCGGAAGGGCAUGCUCAUCCACGUGUUGUCGAAUUACCAAAGACUGAUCAAGGUUUGGGAUUUAAUGUUAUGGGUGGAAAAGAGCAAAAUUCACCCAUUUAUAUAUCUCGAAUUAUUCCCGGUGGCGUGGCUGAUAGAAAUGGGCAAUUGAAACGAGGCGAUCAGCUUAUCGCUGUAAAUGGAGUCAAUGUUGAAUGGGAAUGUCAUGAAAAAGCCGUGGAACUUUUAAAAUCUGCUAGAGGUACAGUUAAAUUGGUUGUGCGUUAUACACCUCGUCUUCUCGAUGAAAUGGAAAAGCGUUUUGAACGACAACGAAGACGUGCAAAUCAAGCAAGUCCGGCACCCUUAAUGAAGCGAUAA